UAAUGUAUAGCUAACUGAAUUAAAACGCAAUAAAAAGCGAGAUGAGCAAUACGAGUUAUCACCAUUCGUCGUCGGCCAGCGUUACCCUAUACUUAAGGUUUCUCCGCGAAAAUCGACUGCUCUACACUUCACGAUGCGUCCCACACAAUUUUUGACAAUCUGCUUCAUUUGUCUCUUCAGUCGUGCCCACUCGUAUUCUCUAGAGUCCCUUGGGUUGAGCCAGCUCAGCAAUGUUUUUCGCGGCGGUUUUGGAGCUUUUGGCCGCCAAAAUGGAGGUAUUGGCGUUUUUCGCGGCGGUUAUGGAGAUUCGAAAGUGGCUGAUGACAUGGAAUUGAGACAAGACCCUCUCACCGAAGCUCCUAUUACCGAAGCUCCUAUUACCGAAGCUCCCAUCACUGAAGCUCCUAUUACUGAAGCUCCUAUUACUGAAGCUCCCAUCACUGAAGCUCCCAUCACUGAAGCUCCUAUUACUGAAGCUCCCAUCACUGAAGCUCCUAUAACUGAGGCUCCUAUUACUGAAGCUCCCAUCACUGAAGCUCCUAUUACUGAUGCCCCGACGGACCCACCAACUACAACUAAACCUACCACAAAAAAACCAACAACUAAAAAGCCAACAACUAAAAAACCCACAACUAAAAAACCCACCACCAAAAAACCCACCACUAAGAAACCUACCACUAAAAAACCCACAACGAAAAAACCUACUACUAAAAAACCUACCACAAAGAAACCCACUACCAAGAAACCUACCACCAAGAAACCCACCACCAAAAAACCUACCACCAAGAAGCCAACGACAAAGAAACCUACGACGAAAAAACCGGUUGGUUAGAGCUAUACCAAAUAUUCGUAUUUUCAAAAUGUAAUUGGCUUAUGUUGUUCCACCCGUCCUACGUAUUUAGUCACCAUCAACAUUAUUUAUAUAUUUUAAUCAGUGCGUGGUUUUUGUGCUACAAAUCACAUGUUGAUGAAUAAGGGCAAAAUAAAAUUCUUUGAUCAGCAA